AUGGCCUCAGAUAGUCACAAGAACGUUGAUGAGCGACACGAUCCAUUGGAUAGUUUGGGUUACAUUAUCGACUAUACAUCCCCAGGAAUCUUGGUGAAUAACACAAUAUGUUGCAGUAUCACUGUGCUCGUAACUAUUUUAACUAUUUCUCUUAACUCUGUGACCGUUUUGGCUUACUGGAAAUCAACUCAACUCCGUAGAAAUAUGACAAAUUUUCUUAUCUUGAUUCUUUCGUUAAACGACUUGGCCGUUGGUUUGUUCGUUGGACCUUUGUAUGUGCUACUUUUGGCAAGAGAAAUAACAUUAAAUAGAGCAACAGUUGUUAUAAACUAUCUUAACCUUGGUUCGUUGCUGUUAUUCACCGGAAUAUCGUUUGAAACAAUGAUUGUUAUGAACUGCGAAAGGUAUUUGGGAAUUGUCCAUCCAAUCCUCCACAAGACUAAAGUGACCAAAGAACGCCUUCUCCAAUGUUUGCUGGCAGUUUGGUUCGUUGGUGGAGCGCAAGCACUUCUCUUAUUUUAUUACACAGAUUCUUUUGUGAAACUUAAAACGGCCGAGGUUAUUUUCUGUAUGAUUCUAUUGGUAUAUAUGUACGUUAAAAUUUAUUUAACAGCUAAACAAUCGCGAAAUAUUGGUUCACGUCCGAAAAAUUGCAGAGUACGUAUACACCAUGAAGAAGCACCGCAUUUCAAACAUAAAAGUCUUUUACAAAACUUAAAACUUGCAAAAUCCUGUUUUCUCGUUGUAAUAAGUUCGUAUGUGUGUUUUUUGCCAGCAUGCAUCAUAGCUGGAGUUAUUGACAGUCGAAACGAAGUUGCCUACAUGGUACAAACGUGGUCCGAAACACUCCUUUUACUGAAUUCUAGUUUAAAUUCUGUUUUGUUUUUCUGGAGAAAUAACUGCUUACGAAAAGAAGCUUUAAUUCUUAUAGGAUAUACAUUCGUUAACAAUAUGUAG